AUGGUUAGCCUUGGAUCACUCAAUCAUCCUUCGGUCCCCUUCCUCCCUGUUAGAGAGGAAUUUCAUCCAAAACGAAAUCAAGCACGCCAGAAGCUCGCUACCCUACCGACCUCUCGCUUUGAAGACGUUUCCAGUGAUGUUUACUUUGAGUUAUCCCAAAGAUACCCAGAAUUUAAGGAAGAGAGUGGUAGAGCCUCGGAUUCGGGGUAUGAUGACUAUCCUGCUCCCGACUUUCCGUCAAAUUCGCCGCCUUCUCCGCCACGCAACGCGAACCAACGCCCGACCAACCUUCAAUACUCUCUUCGUAUCUCCACCGACCUCCACACCGACCACCCCUCGAUAUCUACGACGAGCCUGAUCUUCUUCGUCUAUGGGGCUUACAGCCAACCCGAGUGUACGGAAGUUCUGCCUAGUGACUCAGAUAACCGAUUAGAAAGAAUCUGGGCGGAUUAUGAGAGCAUCGAGCCGUAUGUCAUCAUGGAGUCAACCCAAAUCCCAAAAAUGGACAUGAAGAUUGACUAUGUCUCCGUAACAUUGCUUCGAAACCCUUACAGGACGUAUUGCCCGUGGAGCUCAACAUACCGAACCGUGACUCCAAGCUUCGUGGUGCUCUACGUAAUGGAACAUCACGACACUCGCACUCAUGAAUCGAACAACGCACCUCAAGUCGUACUGCACUCUACGCAGCUCCAUCUGCUUAAUCUCUUUGGUUGGGACGGAACAUCAUAG